AUGGCGCAGAACAUGCUUGCGACCGCGGAGCUUUCGAGCCGGACGGAUACAAACAAUGAAGCGAUUGAACAGGACAUCCGAGAGAUAUGCGCAGAGGUGCUGCGCCGGCCGGUGGGAAAGAUCAAGUUGAACAAGUCGUUUGUCGCGCAGGGAGGAGACUCUCUGCUGGCAAUCAAGCUGAUGGCGCGUUGCGGAGAGGCGGGGUAUACAAUCACGAUCAAUGAUAUGCUUCAGGCGACGAGUCUUCGCCAGCUAUGCCAGUCGGUGCAAGUGGUAGAGGGGAGAAGCGCGCCGUCGAAAUCGUCGCCUCCCGCGCUAGACGGACCUGCUGGCAGCGUGGAAGUCCGGACUGCACCAUUAACGGCCGCGCAAAGAAUAUAUGCUUUGACGAAAGCUUGGGAUGCCAAGUUGUUUCAACUAAAGGGCGGAGUUGCGGAAUCGUCGCUUUCUGCGGCACUGAACUCUCUUGUUAGCCGACACCCUAUCCUCCGAGCGAACUUUAUAACACUCGAGAACAACGAAUUGAAACUCACGUACGACACGACCGGAAACUUCGCCCCCCGACGAGUGCGGAUCCCGACGAGCUCAGAGCACUCAGAGAAGGAGUUCCUGGGUGACAGGUGGGAAGGGGACGAGACGGAGAAGGGAAGUUUCUUCGCGGCGACCGUGUUUGUGCAACACCAACCAGACACGUGCCUCGCCCGCCACCUCCGGCUCGACCUUCACCGCGCCCUCGUCGACGCUGCCUCCUGGAACAUCAUUCAAAACGAUCUUGAUGAUGCGCUAAGCGGCAAAUACAUCGCGAGCGACAAUCCAGGCCCUCAGUUCGACACCUGGAUAAGAUCGCAGAACCGCACGGAUUUCGACUUCGAUUGGCCGAUACUGGCUAAAGACACGGAGCGGCAGCCGAACGGCGACGAACCUAGAGGAGGAAAGAGACAUGGACUGGAGGAGCACAGCGGUUUCGCGGAGGUGGUUGUUUUGGAAACAGAGGCAGAAGGUCUGGGAAAGCUGGACGAUAGAGCUAUCCACGCGGUGCUCCGUACCCAACCCGAGGACUUUGUCAUCGCUGCACUCGACCUUGCGCUGAAGGGAGUGAGGAAGUCGGAGGAGGCUUUCGCCUUCGGGUUGAUCUCAGAUGGCAGGCACGGGGCGGGCCCCGAGCUGUCAGGGACGGUAGGCUGCUUCGACACAGUCACACAUCGAUCGGUCGAAAGGGAGCAUGAGGAGAGCGGAAUAGGCCUUCUGCGAAGAGUCAAAGAUACGCGCAUGGGCUUUACGACAAGCGGGCGUACACCAACAGGCGGCAUUGAAGGGAAAUAUGUUCUCCUACAUCUGGGGCAACUAUCGAUGGUGCCUCAACUAAGGGACGGUACGCUCCAUGAGGUCUUCCAUCACGAUGAUUUCCGUAUACUACCUCCAGAGUGCUUAGCAUUCAUCGAACCUUUUUGGGAGCAGCAGCAGCUUAAGCUACGUCUGCGGUCCCAGUCACCCGAUCUCGGUAGGGAACAACUGGGUCAGGUCGCUGGCACGUUCCGCGCGGCCUUGAAAGAGUUGAUCGCCGAGUGUCAAAUGAGCCAACCUCAAGGCACCCUAAGCGACUUUCCCUUCCUCCAGAUCGAUUACCCAGAACUUGACAAUCUCGUAUCGACUCAGCUCAAGACCGUGACGGCCGACCCUUUCCACGAUAUCGAAGCGGUAUUCCCCUGCGCGCCGCGACAGGAAGCGUUCUUGGUGGCCCAGGCCGUUUAUCCCGAACUGUACCAAUGCUCUUUCGUUGUUAACCUGAGCACCGGAAGCUCAGACACGGAAGUCGAUUUCAGUCGUCUGCGCGAUGCGUGGGGUCAGCUUGUUGCCCGCCAUUCCGCUCUCCGAACAGUGUUUAUAGAAAGUUCAAACCGUCAAGGAAAGUUCGAUCAAGUGGUGCUGAGAGAGGGAAUCGGUUCCAUUACUUUGAUUGAGGAUGCAGAUGAGGACGUCGCUCGGCAGCUCGCAUGUCGUCGUCCAGUCACGUUCAAGAACUAUGGGGAGACUCACCAGGUCACGUUUUGCAGAAUCUCGUCGUCCGCAGUUUGCGUCCGUCUCGAUAUGUCGCACGCCCUGGUCGAUGGGCUGUCUGCUCAGGUACUAAUGCGGGACCUGUCCCAAAUUUACAGCAACAAGAAACUAGCCACCCGCGUCAUGGCAUAUCGCGACUUUGUUGAUUAUCAAGCACGCCUGAACAUGGACAAUUCGGCGGCUUACUGGUCGAAUUACCUUUCUGGAGCUCAGCCAUCUCACUUUCCCUUAUACGGCGACAACAUGAGCCGCCGAGAUCUUCGGACCGUCAGGGCGGAUAUUAUUCUGGGUUCGGAGGAGCUUGGAGAAUUCUGUGGUAAGUUUAACGUUACGCCAGCUAACAUUUGCCAGGUAGCCUGGGCGCUCGUGCUCAGGUCCUAUACCGGGUUGGAAGAUAUUUGUUUCUCGUAUGCAACGUCUGGUCGAGAUCUGCCUCUCAAUGGAAUCAACAACACAGUCGGAGCAUUCCUCAAUGCUGUCGUCUGCAGGGUCAAGGUGCCACCAACAACAACUGUCCCAGAAGCCUUGCUACGAGCCAAGACCGACUUUGUGGAAAGCCUGGCCCACCAAUACUACUCGGCUGUGGACGAUGCACAGUCCGGAGAAUUUGCCCGUUUCAAGACCAACACAUUGAUGUCAUGCCAAAGAAAAGCAGCAUCUGAACUGGCGGGAUCUGGUCUUGCUGUAGAGUUGGUUGACGCCGCCAAUCCAAACGAAGUAAGUUUUGGCCAUGGCCAUGUUCGAGUGAUUUACGCUAACCACAGUACAAAGUACGAUAUGUCAAUCAACAUUCAGAUUGGCUCCGACGGCCUAGAGGUGAUGAUCGACUACUGGCAUUCGCGAAUCGGACAACGCACGGUAGAAAGCGUCGCGCAGUCUUUCCGACAAGCAUUCCUCAACCUUGUUCAGCAAAAGGAUGCCGCAUUGGGAGAGAUCGAUAUCAUCACCCCUUGGGAGAUUGAUCAGCUUCGUCAAUGGACCAAAGACAUCCCUCCGAAGGUUAAUUACCGUAUUCACGACAAAGUCUACGAGCAGCGACUCCGCCAACCUGAUGCCUGGGCUGUACAGGGCUGGGACGGGGACUUGACAUACCAGCAGCUAGAUGAUACAGCCAAUAAGCUAGCCCUUUACCUUGCUAGUUUGGGUGUACAACCGGAAACAAAGAUUCCGAUUUGCUUUGACAAAUCAAAAUGGGCAGUGAUAUCACAGCUAGCAAUUCUCAAGGCGGGAGGCUGUGUUGUUCCCCUAGGGACUAAGCAACCGGCAUCAAGGACAAACCUCAUCCUAAAGGACUUACAAGCAACCAUCGUCCUAACGACCGACAAGUACGCCUCUCGCUUUACCGAGCUUGUGAGCCACACUGUGCUCAUUGAUGAACCGUUCGUAGCUGGCUUGGCGCCCGCUGAGAUGGUUCCUUGCUCCGCGACAGUCGACAACUCCGCCUUCAUCAUCUACACCAGCGGCUCAACCGGCGUCCCGAAGGGUGUCGUGCUCCCACAUGCAAGCCUUUGCACUAGUCUCGAGCAUAUGGGUACUAGAUUCAAGCUCGGCCCAGAAACCCGCACGGUUCAAUUCUCCGCAUACACUUUCGACAUCUCUAUCCAAGAUAUCUACACUACAUGGCACUACGGCGGCUGUCUCAUCAUCAUUUCGGAGGAAGAUCGCAUUAGCAAUCUCGCAUCUGCCAUGGUCAAAUAUCGAGUCAACUGCGCUGGGCUUACCUCAACCGUGGCCGGGAUGAUAUUCCCGCAAGACGUGCCAACGCUGCGGACGCUGGUCCUGCUCGGCGAGGCCGUGAAACCCGCAGUGGUCGAGCAAUGGAUCGAUCACGUCGUUGUCUUCAACGCUUACGGACCUUCGGAAUGCUCGAUGCAAGCUAGUAUAAAUCAACUCACCCCUGGCUGCAAUGCCCUGAACAUAGGUUGGCCCUUCGCAGGCGCGCUUUGGGUCGUCGAUCCAAACGACUACAACCGCCUUGUCCCAAUUGGAGCUCCCGGAGAAUUGCUUAUCGAGGGCCCAAUCCAAGCGCGUGAGUAUCUCAACAAUCCUGCGAAAACCGCAGAAGCUUUCGUAUCCAACGCAGCAUGGAUGAUCAAGAACGGAUUUGGGUCCGGUAGGCGUCUCUACCGGACUGGAGAUCUCGUCCAGCAGAAUCCGGAUGCGUCUAUCACAUAUAUUGGACGUCGCGACACACAGAUCAAGGUGCGAGGCCAACGCGUUGAGGUUGGUGAGAUUGAGCAUCAUCUGCUGCAACUGGAUGGGGUCCUCGACGCCGCUAUCAUUUACCCUAAACAUGGCCCUUGCCAAGAGCGCUUGGUCGGCCUUCUCACAUUGCGCGACUUCUUUGCUGGAAAGAAUGCAGGGCAAGAGGUGGUCCCAGUGCCUACGGAAAAGCUUCCUUGCACAAAAGGCCAAAUGGCUGCUGCUGCCGAGCAGCUUUCCGAACACGUCCCAGAACACAUGGUCCCAAAAAUCUGGAUUCCUUUGGAAAGCAUGAUGCCGCAGAACGACUCUUCAAAGUUAGACAGGAAGAAGCUAGGUUUAUGGCUCGAGGCCCUUGACCCUUCCUUCCUAGAAACCCUUAGCAAUCCAUCUGAUGCUGGAGCUGAAGGCCGAGAGCCGGAGACCGUUCUGGAGCGUCAUGUCCACAACGCGUGGGCCGAUGUUUUGCGUUUACCCGCCAGUCAAAUUCCCAUCGAGCAUAAAUCAUUCCUUAGCGUAGGAGGAGAUUCGAUUACUGCUAUGCAUGUCGUUUCAUGGUUACGGAUGCGCGGAGUAUCGGUCGCGGUGCGAGAUGUGCUUGAGAGCAAGUCCGUGGCUCAGCUUGCGCAAGUUGCUAAAAUGAAGGAUGGAAACUCAGAGGCUGCGGACGAGUCAUUCCCUCUAUCACCGAUGCAACAGUGGUACUUUGAGUCAAUUGCCGCCACUGAAUCGCCUCUCGAGUCUCGUGGUCCCGAUCUAUACAAUUCCAGUGUCUGCUUGGUGCCUCGGCAGCCACUUGAAUUCUCCAAUCUUGCCCAAGCCAUCAGCGCUCUCGUCUCCAGGCAUCCCGUCUUGCGAUCUAGAUUCCAGCCCGGCAGUGCUGGCAGCUUGCGGCAAACGAUCCUCGACGACUCCCCGCAAUCCUAUAUCCUGAAGAAUCACACCGUGCCCACGCAGGGAGACGCAGAAGCCAUCAUAGCCGAGGCUCAUGGCAACUUGGAUCUCGAAAAAGGUCCCGUGUUCUCUGUUCAUUACAUUGCCGUGGAAGAGGCUUCAAAGACAUCGCUUGUUUUCAUGACAGCCCAUCGUCUGGUUGUCGAUAAUGCCUCUUGGAGGAUCAUUCGCCGGGACUUGAGCACCAUACUACAAGGACAACAAGUACCCACAUCGACUUCCUUGCCUUUCCAGACCUGGGUCAAGCUGCAGGCUGAAAAGAGUGAAAAGUCUGCGCUUCUGUACGAUCUGCCAACGGCUGACCUCGAGUACUGGGGCUUGAAGGGUGGCAACACCCACCAAGAUGAAGCUAUUGAAAAUGUGGUUUUCAAGGCUCACGACAUCAAGGCUCUGUUUGACGGCGCCAACAGAGCUUUCCGCACCGAGCGCGUUGAAGUCCUUCUCGCUGCGCUGUUCAAGUCAUUCCGUGAGACUUUCCCCGAUCGACAAGUUCCAGCCAUCUUUGACGUGCACCAUGGUCGGGAUAGUGAUGAAGAUGACUUUGAUGUCUCUAGGACGGUUGGGUGUUUGGAAAGCAUGACUCCGGUGCACAUCCCCCCGGAUGAGUCAAAUCAGUUAUUGGACAUUGUCAAGCGAACCAAGGAUGCAAGACGCAGCGCAAUUAAAAAACGGCCAGAGAUCUUCCGCCAUCACCAGGUUGAAGUGCUGUUCCGCUACUGUGAAACGUCAGCUGCAGACGACAUCUUCGAAAGAAAGCAGGCCAGCGGAGUUGAGACAUCUCCAGUCGGCGAAAAGGUCCCCCGUGGGUGCGUCUUCAAUAUUGAUGUUCUCGCUUUGCAGGACGAAGUGCGUAUCAAUUUCAAGUUUAAUCGACACAUGAAGAACCAGCAGAAGGUUCGCCAGUGGACGAACUCGUAUCUCAACAGCAUCAGCGCGAUGAUAUCUGAGCUAUCGACCGCAGCACCUGCCUUCACUGUGACCGACUUUCCGCUGCUCCAACUGACUUCAGAGACCGUGAAGGCUCUCCAGGAUCAUGUUCUGCCCGAGGCGGGAGUCAAACCAGAGAUGGUCGAAGACAUUUACCCUUGUUCUCCCAUCCAGCAAGGGAUCCUGAUGAGUCAAGUGAAAUCUCCCUCCGAGUACUAUAUCCAGCAGUCCUUCGAGAUACAACCAACAGCGUCUGAUGCUCCAGUCAACGUUGCCCGUCUCCUUGCUGCCUGGCAAGUGUUGAUGAGCCGCCACCCUAUGCUCCGCACACGAUUUGUUCGGUCGGUGUCUGGCUCCAGCGAACGUAUGUUUAAUCAGGUUGUCCUUAAGUCUUGCAAAGCGCACGUGGAGCGCAAGGAAUGUAGCGACGAGGACCUUACUGCUGCUCUAGCUGUCAAAGUUGAUUUAGAUGACCGCCAUGUUGACAAGCACAUUGGCCAUAAGCUGACUGUCUACUCCACACCCUCAAAUCGUGUUUUCGGGAACGUUAUUAUCAGCCACGCGCUGGUUGAUGCUUCUUCACUUAUGAUCAUUCAAACUGAGCUUGCUCAAGCCUAUGAUGGAAAACUCACACCCGACAUCCCGGGUCCGACGUACCGUGGCUAUGUUUCAUAUCUACAGAAGACUCCGGCGGACCAGGCGUUGCAGCACUGGACCAAGCGCCUCGCUGACGCUGAACCAUGUUACCUACCAGCUCUGACCGUGGACGGAACGCAGCCGGCCCCUGCCAAAGACACCGCACACCGCGAGCCCUUGCAAACCGUAUCUGUCGAUAUCGACUGCGUGGACAAGCUACAUAGCUUUACUGAGACUCAUGGCGUUACCGUCGCGAACGUCUUUCAACUCGUCUGGGCAAUGGUUCUUGCACAGUACACUGGCUCCCCCAACGUGUCCUUCGGUUACUUAUCCAGUGGCCGAGACGUUCCAGUCAAGGAUGUUGAGCAGUUGGUUGGACCACUCAUUAACAUGAUGGUGACCCAUAUCAAGCUCAACCACCAGGCCAGAGUUCAGAGCACCCUCAAACAGAUUCAAGAUGACUUCUUCGAAAGCUUCAACUACCAGCGAGCCCCCUUGAUUGAUAUCUGGCACUCCCUACAACUCCAGGGCCAGAGCUUGUUCAACACCGCGCUCUCUUAUCGCCACGUCGUGUCCGCAGAGAGAGACCAGCUCAGCAUCGCCCUGGAACAAGUUACUGGCGAAGACCCAACUGAGUACGAUGCUACGGUGAGUGUGUUUGCAUCGCCGGAUAAAAUCUCCGCUGCCCUGCAGUACUCACCUGCUUUCCUCUCGCACGAAAGCGCAAGCCGGCUGCUAGGCUGUGUCCAGCGAGGCAUUCGAUCUUUGGUUGCGAAUGGAGACGCUCGAGUUGGGGACUUGGAAACUCUCACGCAGAAAGACCUCGAACAAGUCCGCGUAUGGAAUGAUGAGAUUCCUGCCGUUGGUGGAGAUCGCCUCAUACACGAGUUGUUCGCUGAACAGCGGGUUAUUCGACCCGAUGCAACAGCUGUCUGUGCUUGGGAUGGCAACUUGACAUAUCAGGAACUUGAUGACCUGUCGAACACACUAUCUCACCAUCUGGUACAUGACUUGGGAGUAGGCCCUGAGGUAUUCGUGGCGCUUUGCUUAGAUAAAUCCAGGUGGGCAGUCGUUGCGCAGCUCAGUGUCCUGAAGGGGGGCGGUUGCGUAGUCUCCAUCAACCCCAAGCAUCCCACGCAGCGACUGGAGCUUAUCCUCAAGGACAUCAACGCCCCAGUGCUGCUGACUUCCCAGCAAUACUCUUCCCGGUUCACGAACCUGGUUCCACACGUCUUGAGCAUGAACGACUUCUUGUUCUCUACUAUCCCCAGACAGUCUCAGCCACCAAGGACCAACGUGGCUCCCGAGAAUGCCGCCUUUAUUAUUUACACCAGUGGUAGUACCGGUAUGCCAAAGGGUGUGAUUUUGACUCAUCUCUCCCUGUGUUUCAGUUUCCGUGCACAUGGUAAGGUUUACGAAAUGUCCCCCGCCACCCGAUCGCUCCAAUUCGCCGCGUACACCUUCGACGCUAGCAUUAGCGACAUCUGGGGAACCAUGUCUCAUGGAGGAUGCGUCUGCGUUAUAUCAGAAGAAGAACGCAUGAACAACCUCCAAAGUGUUAUUGAGGCCUACGGAGCGACCCACGCCCAGGUUACACCAACCGUAGCUGGCUUACUUGAUAUCGCCAAUAUGAAGUCUCUCACUACACUUGUUCUCGGUGGUGAAGCCGUCAGGGAAGCCAUGAUUGAAGAAUACGCCAAGGCAGCAGGAAGGGUAAAGGUCUUGAACGGAUAUGGCCCAUCGGAGGCUAGUAUCUACACUACCUGUAGUACCCCACUAGUCGACAAGAAGCAGGCCCUCAACAUCGGUCGCCCGCUGGUGGGGAGUGUCUGGGUGGUUGCCAAUGGCGAGACCAUAUGCCCCGUGGGUGCUGUUGGUGAGCUCUGGAUUGAAGGUCCACUCUUGGCUCGUGGCUACCACAAUGACCAGAAGAAGACGGACGCAAGCUUUGUGACGAACCCCAAGUGGGCCAGCGCUGUCGGACUUCAAGGUCAUCGCUUCUACAACACUGGUGACCUCGUCCGCCAGUCUUCCAACGGUGAUCUGAUCUAUCAAGCGCGGAAAGACUCGCAAGUCAAGAUCCGCGGCCAGCGUGUCGAAGUCGGCGAGAUCGAGUACCGCGUCAAGAAGCUCUUGCCAGCUGCGAAGAGCCUCGUGGCUAGUCUGAUUACGCCGGGCGGCAAUUCUUCCAACAUCAUGAUUGCCGUGACGAUGGAGCUAGAUGACCAGCUUCAACGCCAUCUCCUCUCUGACCCCAUUCAGGGCAUAUUCCUUCCAAACGCACCCCACCUCCGCGAUACGUUCAGUCGACUUCAUGCCUCUCUUUCCGAAGUCCUGCCGUCAUAUAUGCUGCCCCGUCUAUUUAUUCCCGUGGUGCAGCUCCCUCAAACAGCAUCGAGUAAACUCGACCGUCGCGCAAUCAAGCAGAUGCUCGAGAACCUGCCAGAAGAUGUCCUUUUCCAAUACUCCCUAUCAACUAAUUCAAGCGUUGCGCCCACCACUGAGAUGGAGAAGAAAUUGCAGGCACUUUGGGCCGCUGUCCUGAAUGCUGACCUUGGCCGUGUCGGCAUCUACGACCACUUCCUCCACUCCGGAGGUGACUCCUUUACUGCGAUGAAGCUUGUCUCAGCAGCCAACGCCGUCAAUAUCCCCAUUACCGUUGCCGAUGUCUUCCGCUACCCGAAGCUGCAGGACAUGGCUGCGCACCUUGAGACGCAGAUUUCACAACAUGAAACCUUCCAGGAUAUCCCCCGCUUCGCAUUAUGGAAAGAAGCGCAGACCACAGAUCACUCGGCUAAUGAAGAGGAAAUUUUGCGUGUUGCGAAACUUUGCGGCGCUUCUAUCGAAGACAUUGAAGAUGUGUAUCCAGCCACGCCGCUUCAGGAAGGCCUAAUGGCCAUCACCACCCAGCAACCUGGAUCCUAUAUCGGGCGCUGGGUAUUCCGAAUUCAAGAUACCACCGACACCGACACGUUCAAGAAAGCAUGGACAACCCUGGCUCAAAAGGCACCCAUUUUACGCACACGCAUUGUGCCUGGUCGGGAAUCUGGCGGAUUGCAAGUUGUUAUUCGAGAGUGCGUCAGCUGUGAGGAAGCCACAAAUCUGGAGCAGUAUUUGGACGGAGACCUCCACCUAUCCUUUAGCUAUGGGCAGCCUCUGGUGCGACAGGCAAUCAUCGACGAAAGAGACAAGCGGUACUUUGCCCUGAGUGCCCAUCACAGCGUUUACGAUGGCUACAGCUUAGGCAAGCUAUUCGAUGCAGUGGCACUUCUGUAUGAUGGGAAAGAUCUUGAUUCCACUCCUUCAUUCUCCCGUUUCAUUUCUUAUCUCGGUCAACAGGAUCAAGAUGCGGCCAAGUCUUUCUGGCAGUCCCAGAUCAAGGGCGAAGUUGGCGCGCCUUUCCCCUCACUCCAUCGACCGUCUUACAGACCGCAGCCAACGCAGAAGCUAAGCUCAAGUGUGGACAUUAUGUCUCUCGGAGGGUCGAACACACUCGCUUCUACGCUCAGGGCAGCAUGGGCUCUGGCGGUAUCAGCUUACGGUGGCAAUGAUGUGCUAUUUGGCGUGGCGCUCAGCGGAAGAGCUGCCCCAGUCCCAGGCAUUCUCGACAUACCAGCCCCAAUUAUCACGACUGUGCCUGUGCAUGUUCACAUCAAUCCUGAGCAGACGAUCGCUGAGUACCUAGCCGCGGUCCACCAGCAGAGCGUUGACAUGAUACCGUUCGAGCACACGGGCCUGCAAAACAUACGCCGCUUUGUAGGGCACGAGAUUGACCUCCCCCAUCUUUUUGCUGUUCAGCCAGCUCGCGAGCGUGAGAACUCCGUCCAUGGUAAGCUUCUGUCAUACGAGCAUGGCCAUGUCCCGGAGCUCAACCUUGACGGGUAUGCCCUUACCGUCGAAUGCAUUACAAGCGACACCCUCGGUGGCUCCGUAACAAUCGAAGCACACUUCGAUGAGGAAAUGAUUUCUACCACUCAGACCAAGAACCUGUUGAGUCGAUUCCGCCACAUUGUUGCGCAGCUUGGUGCGGUCGGCCAAGGCCACACUCAGCGGCGACUCGAGGAGCUUGACCUGCUAAGCGAACACGAGUUCACCCAACUAUUCGAAUUCAACCGCGGAAUUCCUGCUGUGAAGCAAGCCUUGGUUCACGAAUUGGUCUCUCAACAUGUUCCCACAGAACCUGAUGUCCCUGCCGUUUGUGCCUGGGAUGGUAACCUGUCGCGUGGAGAGUUGGACUACCUGGCUAACAAGUUAGCUCUACAUCUCACGACGCUUGGAGUUAAGCCUGAGUCCAUGGUCGCCCUCUGUUUGGACAAAUCCAAGUGGGCCUUGGUCGCAAACCUUGCAGUUCUGAAAGCUGGUGCUGCGGUCGUUCCGAUCAGAGCAAACCCCAUCCAGCGUGUACACGCCAUUUUGCAGGAGACGGGUAUCACCACAAUCCUCACGUCUCAGUGCUCAGUCUCAGCGCUUGAAGGACUGGUGCCCAACUUGCUAGCGAUGGGUGAUGAGCUACUACAGUCACUUGCGGCCCCCACCAUUCAACCUAUAUCCACUGUCACCCCUUCGAAUGCUGCCUUCGUUAUCUUCACAUCUGGAUCAACCGGUAAACCCAAGGGCGUUGUCGUCGAGCACGGCGCAAUGUCAACCAGUAUGCAAGCCCAUGGAAAGCUGUUUGGCAUGACUCCGAAGACGCGAGCCUUCAACUUCGCCCACUUCACCUUUGAUAUCUCCCUUCACGACAUCAUUUCCACGUUGCAGUUUGGUGGUUGCGUCUGUCUUCCCUCUGAACAAGAGCGAGUAGACGACAUGGCGGGCGCGAUGCGCAGAAUGGGCGUCAAUUACUCGUUCCUCCCUCCUCGUGUUAUUCAUACCAUCAAGCCGUCGGACGUCCCAGACCUCAAGACCUUGGUGGUUGGUGGAGAGGCAGUACAGGCAGAACACUUGGAGCCUUGGCUCGAUGGCGUCCGGGUUUUCAAUGCGUACGGUCCCACAGAGGCGUCUAUUGCAGCGACGGCAAAUGAGGUUUCGGAUCGCAGCCAGGUUUACAAUAUUGGUGGCGCCAUAGCAGGUGCUCUGUGGGUCGUGGAUGAGAACGACUACAACAGACUGCUUCCUCUUGGAGCUGUGGGUGAGCUUCUGAUUGAAGGUCCUCUACUUGCUCGUGGUUAUCUCAACGACCCAGUCAAGACGGCAGAUGCCUUCAUCAUGAACCCUGCGUGGACCUCCCAGUACUCCAUGCACGGAACCGCCGGAGAACAACCCACCGAACGUCGCAUGUACCGUACCGGUGACCUGGUGCGCCAGAUGGAAGACGGAUCCCUCACGUACGUCGGACGAAGCGAUGGUCAAGUUAAAAUUCGCGGACAACGAGUCGAGAUUGGUGAAAUUGAACACCACGUUAGCGAACAUCCGACCGUGGUCGAAAACGUAAUGGUCUACCCCCGCCGCGGCCCAGCACAGUCGCAGCUCGUUGGAAUUGUUACCCUGCACGGCUUCAUUUCCCCUGUCUCUGCAGACGACAUACAGACAACCCCGCUGGAUCAACUUCCUCAUGCUCUGGAGCAAACUUCAUCGGUCCGCCAGCACCUGCACUCAUGCGUUCCAGAUUACAUGAUCCCUAACUACUGGGUCUCGCUCACCUCCAUGCCGCACAACACCUCCGACAAGAUUGAUCGCCGUUGUCUCACUCAAUGGCUAGAGACCAUGGAUGUUGGCUGCUUUGAAGCGAUCACUCAGAGCCGAACGGAAGACAGCACAACUCCGACUACGCCCGAAGAGCAAAGUAUUCAAACAGUUUGGGCCGACGUGCUUCAUGUACCAGUCGGAAAGAUGUCGUUGAACCGUCCAUUCUUGAGCGUGGGUGGCGACUCUGUUACUGCCAUGCAAGUUGUCUCAAAAUGCCGCUUCCAGUACGCUAUCUAUGUUAGCGUUCGUGAUGUGCUGCAAUGUGACUCGAUCACCCAACUGGCGAAGAAGGCCGUGGUUAAGAGCACAUCUCCGACUACAGAUACACAACCCUCCACAUCCUCGGUCGCCCAAGCUCCACUCACCACUACGGUAUCAACGGUCUUUGAUAUUGACUCCCACGACUUGACCAAGCUUGAGGUGGAAGUCCUGCCGGCUGUUGGUGUUGACGGUUUGUCUCGGAUUGAAGGCAUCUACCACUGCUCUCCUAUCCAGCAAGGUAUCUUGAUGAGCCAGAUCAAGGAUGCCACAACCUAUCAAGUGCGUCAGGCAGGAGAGAUUCGAGGUGUUGACUCUUCUGUAGUCGACUUAAACCGACUUCUCCGCGCCUGGCAAUCCGUUGUCCAGCGUCACGCUAUUUUACGCACGUUCUUUGUCCCUAGCCCGUCGGGACAAGAGCUGUUCUACCAGGUUGUUCUCAAAAACUACACUCCCACAACUCCAGUCCUCCGGUUACGCAGUGUCGAUGAUUUCCUCGUCCAUACCGAAAACUCUGAGCGUCCGUUAUACAGGCCCGGCCAGCCGCCGUACCAGCUUACCCUGGCUCAGGCGUCUACGGGACAUGUUUACGCGCAGGUUGAUGUCAACCACGUUCUCAUGGACGCCUCGUCUAUGGAUCUCAUCCUGAGCGACCUCAUGCUAGCCUACGAUAAUGCCCUUCCAAGCUCGCCCGCUCCUUCCUACGGCACCUAUGUCUCGUUCCUUCAGCAGUCUUCUGCAUCGGAAUCCCUAAGCUACUGGAAGAACCGCCUUUCCGGUGCAGAGCCAUCGCAUCUUCCCCCUUCAACUGAGCUCGAUUCCGGAAAACGCUCUUUGAAGAGCGUAUCCGUGGAAGUGGACAACAUCAGACCACUACAAGAGUUCCGAGACGCGCAUGGGGUUACGAUUGCCAACAUUGCGCAGUUAGCCUGGGCUCUCGUUCUGUCCCGGUAUCUUGGUUCUCGCGAUGUCACCUUUGGAUAUCUGUCCAACGGUAGGGAUGCCCCCAUCGCGGGGAUUGAGGAGAUGGUCGGCCCGUUGAUCAACUUGAUGGUAACUCGAGUGCAGCUCGCCACAUCGGGAGCCACCGUCGCCGAGGCCGCGAAGCAGGUACAAGACAACUUCUUCGAUGCCUUCAGCCACCAGCGAGCCUCACUUGGCGACAUCCAGCACGCCCUCAAGGUUUCCGACCGCGGCCUCUUCAACACAACUAUGAUUUAUAAGCCUAAGGCUAUAACGAGUGCCCAAGACAGUCGCAGUCUCACGAUCGAGAGCCUCGCUGGAGAAGACCCCACUGAGUACGAUGUCCAAAUCAAGAUCGUUCCUGAUGAAAAUGGCCUGUCGGUAGACCUUGAAUAUGCCACCACUUUCCUGAACAAGGAGUCGGCUCAACGUCUACUGGGCAGCAUGCAAUGCGCUUUGUCUUCCAUUGCUGCCAAUCCCAACGCAAGCAUUGAUCAGCUCGACGUAAUACCCUCCACUGACGUUGAGCUGCUGCGCCGAUGGAAUUUCACGGUGCCACACACCGUUCCUGGUACCAUCCAUGACAAGAUCCAUGAACGAGCUGCCUCCCAGCGUGGCGCUCAAGCAGUUUGCGGCUGGGAUGGGAACUUGACGUACGCUGAGAUUACGGAUAUGUCAGACCGGCUUGCCCAUCACUUAAGAAGCUUAGGGGUUCGCGAAGAAGUCAUGGUUGGACUUUGCUUCGACAAAUCCUUGUGGACGGUGGUUUCCAUGCUUGCGACUCUCAAGGCCGGUGGUGUUAUUGUUCCUCUGGGUGUUCAGUUACCCGUCCAGCGUCUGCAACAUAUUUUGAAUGAAACCGCUACCCCGGUUGUUUUGACCAUUCAGAAACACAUCUCGAAAUUCCAAGGUAUCACCUCAGCCAACAUCCUCACCGUCGACGCUGCAUUUAUAGCGUCGCUGCCCCGACCAGCGUCUCCACUCAACACCUGGGGCGUGACUUCUGAAAGUGCCGCCGUCGUGAUAUACACCUCAGGAUCAACCGGUACACCGAAGGGCGUGGUCCUCACACACGGAACUAUAUGCACCAGUAUCGAGAGCCACGGCGCAAAGCUGCAAAUGGGUCCUCAAACUAGGACAUUACAAUACUCCGCGUACGUAUUUGACCUCAGCAUUCUCGAAAUCCUGUCCACCCUUCGUUUCGGCGGUUGCGUCUGUGUCGUUUCCGAGGAAGACCGCGUCGAUAUCAACAGUCUUACUACGAACAUGGAGGCUAUCGGCGUUAACAUGGCUGUCCUCACGCCUACCGUCGCAGGGCUCAUCGAUCCUCGCACCGUUCCGACCCUGUCAACGCUAGUCCUAGCUGGAGAAGCCGUUCCUCCAAGUGCUGCUGAGACCUGGGCAAAGCAUGUUUUCCUUUACAACGGGUACGGACCGGCGGAAUCCACGAUCCUUGCUACAGCAAAUGGUCCGAUUGUCCACAAAGAGCGAGCUCCUAGUGUCGGCCAUGCCCUGGCUGGCGCUAUCUGGGUGGUUGACACAGAGGAUUACAACCGCCUCGCGCCGGUUGGUGUGGUUGGUGAGCUUUUGCUGUCGGGCCCGUUGAUUGCUCGUGGCUACCUGAGCGACCCCGAGCGCACGGCGCAGUCCUUCAUCACCGAUCCUUCAUUUAUCUACAAGCAUGGCUUCAACGUAUGGGCUGGCCAGCGCAUGUACAAGACUGGCGAUCUGGUUCGUCAAGAUCCGACCGAUGGCUCGAUUACAUUCGUUGGCAGAGCAGAUGGUCAAAUCAAGGUGCGUGGUCAGCGUGUUGAGGUUGGCGAGAUCGAGUACUGGAUUCGCCAGAAGUUCAACGCCCAGACUGUUGCGGCGGAUCUCAUCGGCGCGAAUUCGGGCGACCCUUCUGUGGUAGCAGCCAUAGAACUUGACAAGAAUGCUUCCAGCAACGAGACUGCUAUCUUAGACUCGACGGGGCCCCUCAAAGACUCGUUCUUCCAGCUACAGGCAGCUCUUGCCAAAGCUCUCCCAUCAUACAUGGUGCCUUCAAAGUACAUUCCUGUCAAGAACAUGCCACUUACUGCCUCUGGUAAGCUUGAUAGAAGGUCACUCCGAGCAUUGCUAGAGGGUCUUACGGAAGUUCAGCUUGCGGAGUACAGUCUAGAUGAAGGUGACCAUGUUCCGCUGUCCACUGAUAAGGAACGACGCUUGGCUAGCCUGUGGACUGAAACUCUUAACGCCUCCAAGGAGGUUGGUGCCAAUACCCAUUUCUUCCGUUUCGGCGGCGACUCUGUCACUGCUAUGCGACUGGUUGCUCUUGCGCGUGCUGCAGAGCCUCCCAUCCUUCUAUCUGUGGGCGAUAUAUUCAAGCAUCCAGUUCUGGCAGAUAUGGCGCAUGCUAUUGAGGGCCUCAACUCAGCCGGUACUGUUGAGGCUGAGGCUGAUGUGACACCUUUCUCCUUCUUGUCCGAGGUGAACAUCAAUAAGCAGGCGUAUCUGCCACGGAUCGCAUCGCAAUGUAAGGUUGAGUCCGACGACAUCGAAGACGUUUACCCCUGUACCCCUCUGCAAGAAGGCCUCAUGGCCAUCACAGCCCAACAGCCUCACGCGUAUAUCAGCCGCUGGGUCUUCCGUCUGGAUGACGGUAUUGACCUGUCACGGUUCCGCGACGCGUGGGCAUCACUAGUUGAUCUUGCUCCCAUCCUUCGCACUCGCAUUGUUCAAGAUUCUAGGAAUGGCGGGAUGCAAGUUGUCGUCCGGGACAAUAUAGCUUGGAACGACGUCGAAUCCGAGCUUCAGGCUUAUAUUGCGGAUGACACCGCUUGGACAAUGGGUUUCGGUAAUGCAUUGAUGAGAUUCGCAAUUGUCACCAGCGGAUCAGCGCGCUUCUUCGUUUGGACGGCUCACCACAGUACGUACGAUGGAUGGACUGCAAGAAAGCUGAUGGAGGCUGCCUUCGCAAUUUAUUCCGGCAACUCUGCCCCGCCCUUCCUUCCGUUCACACGCUUCGUUCAAUACCUAGAAUCCAGCUCUAUCGACGAUACCCGCGACUACUGGCAAUCUCAGCUUGAAGGUGGAAUGGGCCCUAGCUUCCCUGAGGUCCCAAAGAACUACUCUCCUGGCCAGGUCGAAACUCAGACCUGUCGCAUUGCCGCCGGCAAUACCAACGAAUUCACCAUCUCCACGCUGCUCCGGGCGACAUGGGCUCUUAUCCUCUUCCAGGAAACCUCAAGCCAAACCGUGGGUUUCCCGACAGCGCUUUCUGGUCGUACGGCUCCAGUCUCUGGUAUUCUAGAUGUGAUGGGCCCUACGAUCACGACUGUUCCUGUUCGCGUUUCUGUAGACCCAGCCCAGAACCUUUCGGCGUACCUUGCUUCCAUCCAACAGCAAGCCACGGACAUGCUGCCAUUCGAACAUACCGGUCUUCACAACAUUAGCAAGAUGGCAUCCGUGCCUCUCAACUUCCAGCACCUUUUUGUCGUUCAGCCGGCAGUCGAUCGCCUUGACCAGAGCAACUCCGGUUUCCAAGGGGUUACCCCGGUGCCUUUUGAGACAUCAGGCUUCCACAACUACCCUCUUGUUGUCGAAUGCAGCACUAGCACGAACAACACUGACAGAUCCGUCGACGUGCAACUCCAGUUCGACCCAGCUGUUCUCUCUGCUGAGAAAGUGACGACCAUUGUUGAACGCUUCACUCAUGUCUUCCGACAACUACAAGCUGUUGCUAGUGGAGCCAUAACUCAGGGUACUGUAAGCGACGUCAGCUUCAUGACUCCAGAAGACCUCGGUCGGAUCCAAGAAUGGAACCAGUUUGAUGACAGAAUGGCCAUGGCUGAUUCAUGCAUUCAUGAACUCGUUAAACAACAACUCCUGUCUCGUCCCGACGCCCAAGCGGUCCAUUCCUUUGACGGUCACCUAACCUACCAGGAAUUGCACAAUCUCGCUGCUCGACUUGCGUCCCAUCUCGUCGACAUAGGUGUUGGUCCUGAGAUCAUGGUUGCUACCAUCUUUGAAAAGACCAAAUGGGCGGUUGUCACCUACCUCGCUGUCCUCAUGGCGGGAGGUACAAUUGUUCCCAUCAAUCACCAACAUCCUCGACAACGCAUGCAAGCAUUGGUUCAAAACAUCGGCACUAAGGUUAUCUUGACAUCGCAGAACCCCGAACGUCUUGAAGGUGUUGUUUCUGGGCCUGUCCUAAAGGUGGACGAGGACCUUCUUGCUCACAUCCCAGCCGCCGACAACACCUGUCCGACCGUGCAACCUACCGAUCCUGCAUUCAUUAUCUUCACCUCCGGAUCCACGGGUACCAGCAAAGCCGUCGUUCUGCAACAUGGUGCCAUUGUCUCGAGUAUGGUCAAAGGCCACGGCUCGUUCUACGCGACCCCCGAAACACGAGCUCUCCAGUUCUCCGCCUUCAACUUCGACAUCAGUAUCGCUGAGGUAUUCACGACCCUCUCGUUCGGCGGCUGUGUGUGCGUCAUCUCAGAAGAUGACCGUGUCAGUCGUCUCGGCCAGGCAAUGGAGGAAGCUGCUGUCAACUUCGCCAUCCUCACCCCUACCAUUGCUAGCCUCCUCAAGCCCGAGCAUGUCCCGAGUCUCAAGAAGAUGCUGCUCGUCGGUGAAGCCCUUCGUCCCGAGGUCGCUGCGCCGUGGGUCCCAUCUCACGUUGAACUGUUCAACGCGUACGGUCCGGCCGAAUCCUCAAUAUUGACCACUUACAGUCGCCGCAUCACGGAUAUUGCGCAAGCACCAAACCUUGGUUUCCCCUUGGCGCAUAGCAACCUAUUUGUUGUUGACCCGUUCAACUACCACAACCUUCUUCCUGUUGGCACGGUUGGUGAAUUGCUCAUUGAAGGACCCCUGCUUGCGCGUGAAUAUUUAGGAGAGAAAAAGAAGACAGCUGAAGCGUUUGUGACCGAUCCAGCCUGGCUGCAGCAAUUCGACCUUGGUCCUGUCUCGGGACGAAGGCUCUAUAGGACUGGAGAUCUGGUGCAGCAGAAACUGGAUGGUUCGUUUGUUUACCUGGGUAGACGCGAUACCCAGGUCAAGAUUUAUGGUCAGCGUGUCGAAAUUGGGGAGAUCGAGUAUUGGGUCAAGAGUAACCUGGCCGGUGUUGGUGAGGUUGCGGCAGGAUUGUUCAAACCUAGCGAUUCCGAGGGCGAGCCUCUUCUCGCUGUUGCAAUGGAGGUCCCGUCCAGCUCUAGUGCAUCUGGUCUGCUCCCUGUGUCCGACGACCUGCGCGAAGCAUUCAGUAAUCUCCGCCAUGAUCUUCUGCAGGUUCUACCUUCGUACAUGGUCCCUCAACUAUACCUACCGUUCGCCAGACUGCCACUUACGGACUCUGGAAAGCUGAACCGACGCGCAACCUGGGAUGCCGUUCAUACUUGCGACUCGGUGUCUCAGUACUUCCUUGUGGACGAUGUCAAGGUGGCGCCCUCUACUGACACCGAACGCCUACUCCAGGGUCUAUGGGCCAUGGCAAUCAAGAUUCCCGCCUCUUCCAUCGGUGCAAAGGAUGACUUCUUCCGCUCCGGUGGUGACUCGAUCUCUGCCAUGCGACUUGUGGCGAGUGCCCGCGAACACGCUCAGCUUUCUUUGAUGGUCUCUGAUAUCUUCCGUCAUUCAAUCCUAUCCGAUAUGGCGGUACUCGUCGAUCAAACUCGUGCAGACACUCCGGCCGUGACGCCAUACCAACCGUUUUCCACAUUGCCCGCUGGUUCUAGCGUGCGAGACUCCGUCAAACCUCUUCUCUCCAUAGCUGGAGAGAUGGUCGAUGUUACCCCCACCACAGACCUGCAAUCUCUCGCAAUCGCCACGUCGCUGCGGCCCUCGCGCGACCUUAUGGCGUAUGUUAGCAUUGAUGGGGAUGGCGUUCCUGAUGUCGCCCGUUGGGAAGCUAGUUGCCUGGAGCUGGUUGAACACCAUGACAUCCUGCGCACUGCCUAUGUACCCUACGACGACCAGCUCCUUCAAGUCAUUCUCAAGGAAUAUGCUCCCGGUGUCACUCACUACGAGACCGAUCAGUCUUUGGAAAACUUUAGCAAGGAACUAAUUGCGCAAGACAUGCACCGAGCCCCUCGACUUGGCCACCCCUUCCUCGAGUUUGCUAUCAUAACCUCCCUCCACGAUAACAAGCACCGUGUUAUGUUCCGACUCAGCCACGCCGAGUACGAUGCCAUCUCGCUGUCGUACUUUGUGAACACCCUCCAGGAGAUCUACAACCGCAAGACAGUCACGGAAUAUGUCAGCUUUCCUCGUUAUAUCUCCAACCUCUCCCACCAGAACACCAAGCCUAGUCGCGAGUACUGGCGGUCGCUUCUCAAGGGCUCAUGCAUGCCUGCAAUCUCAUCAUCCUCCAAAUCAAGGCGUCUCCCAUCCCGUCAAAUCUACCACGACGCUCGACGCGUCAGCCUAAAAUCUCUUCCGACUGGAAUCACACUGUCUACAAUCGUGCGUUCCGCGUGGGCGCUGACUCUAGCCGAGCACGUAGGCAACCCGGACGUCCUCUUCGGCGAAGUCGUCUCCGGCCGCAACGGCGACCCCAUCGCCGAGAAAGCAGCGGGGUGUUGCGCGAACACAGUUCCCGUGCGGACAGUCAUCGAUUCGUCCUGGAACGCGCGAGAUCUUGUGGGAUCCGUCCAGCAGCAACUAAUCUCGCGUCUGCCUCACGAAUUCCUUGGGUUCCGAGACAUCAUGCGCUCCUGCACUGAUAUGCCUGCGGGUACCGUCUUCAGCUCGCUCCUCAACCACCUUGACGGUGCUUCCGAAUGGACGAUGAAUACUGACGACGGCAAAUACAAUGUCUCCGUCGCGAAAACCGAAGGCGCUGGUGACGUUUCCGAUGUGUCGAUUACCUCGACCGCCGGGGCGGGAUACGUGGAGAUCGCGAUGGCGUAUCUUGAGGAUGGGAUCACGGCUGCAAUUGCCGAUAAUCUGCUGAGCCGUCUUUGUGAUACAGUCCAUGCGUUUGGCAAUGGCGAUCUGAGCGCGAAAUUAGGCGCUAUUCUCCCCGUCUCUGUCGAUGUGCAAAAGGGGCUGCAGGAAGCCCCUGAAGGACCCGUGUUUGACGGUGACCUGGUUGAUGCGAGUAUGGUUGCGUUCGAACUCCAGAGGAGAGGUCAUAAAGUGACCGUUGAUGAUGUUGUGAAGCAGGGCCUCGGAGCUCCAGCCGUUUGA